AGCGGAAUGGAGAGGAAACGCUGGGAAUGUUCGGCUCUGCCGCAGGGUUGGAAGAAGGAAGAGGUGACCCGUAGAUCAGGGCUGUCCGCGGGGAAGAGCGAUGUCUAUUACUAUAGCCCAAGUGGGAAGAAAUUCCGCAGUAAACCUCAACUGGCACGAUACCUUGGCAACUCGAUGGAUCUCAGCACUUUUGACUUUCGAACAGGAAAAAUGUUGAUGAGCAAAAUAAAUAAGAAUCGACAACGCUUGCGGUAUGAUGGGCUUAAUCAAGCAAAGGGUAAGCCUGAUUUGAACACUGCGCUCCCAGUCCGGCAGACUGCAUCCAUCUUCAAGCAACCAGUCACCAAAGUGACAAACCAUCCUACCAACAAAGUGAAAAGUGACCCUCAGAAAGCAGUUGACCAGCCACGUCAGCUUUUUUGGGAAAAAAAACUUGCUGGUUUAAAUGCUUUCGACAUAGCGGAAGAGCUGGUGAAAACUAUGGAGUUGCCAAAGGGACUGCAGGGUGUUGGUCCUGGUUGCACAGAUGAAACUCUUUUGUCUGCCAUUGCUAGUGCUCUGCACACAAGUACUAUGCCAAUAACUGGACAACUAUCUGCUGCAGUGGAGAAGAAUCCUGGAGUUUGGCUCAAUACUUCGCAGCCUCUCUGCAAGGCUUUUAUGGUGACAGAUGAAGACAUAAGGAAACAAGAAGAACUUGUGCAGCAAGUGAGGAAAAAGCUGGAAGAGGCUCUUAUGGCAGAUAUGCUGGCUCAUGUAGAUGAAAUUUCAAAAGAUGUGGGUCCCCCAUUGGAAAAAGAUCUAGAUGAUGAAGAUGAGGAUGACGAUCCCAGAGCGCAAGUUGCAGAAGAUGUAUAA